CUUGAUCGAGAGAAAUCAAUUCCUCUGUCUCGUUCUCGGAGAGACACGUUAUCGGUCCCUGUGAAAGACUUUAUGCUCAGACGGUCUCGGAGCUAGCGUUCAUGGAUCACGGUAGAUCUGCCCCUAAACACCACACGUCAAGACAAACGCAUCCCGGAAGCUCGAACGUUCUGACAAUACUCAACGAGUUACGACAUCCUUCCAAGGCAAUCUCCUGCUGUGAAGCAUAUAAAGAUCGCAUUUCCCAGACUCUCAAUUCAUCUUACCAUGUCUAUCCCACUUCCCGGCACUUACAAGAUCGUCAAUGCCCAUUUCAAGACCAAUCAGUUGUUUGGCUUGCAAGGUGGAAGUGUCAAACCAGGCACCCCUAUCGUUGCCCGCAACAACGCGAAGUACAAGAGUGGCGAUGCCGCAAUGCUCUGGACGUUGCAAGUGUUGCGCGACGCGAACCCAGGCAAGAUCGUCAGAUUCAUCAACGUCGCAGCCGGCACAUUCGCUCAACCCCCGGGUGGAGUUCCGAGCAACGGCGGCGGUAUCGUUGGUGGUGAUGCGGUUGCAGAGUGGCUCCUCACUCCGACCGCCACCCUUGGACAGUACUCGAUCCAGACCACUGAUGGGACGUUUGCCUGUUCCCUUUCGGACGGCACUGAUUUCACGAAUGUGAAGCUCCAGGCCAUUAAUUUGGAGGACGACAUGCAGGCCUGGGUGUUUGCCCCCGCCUAAGUGUAGCUGUGAGACAAUGGCUCAAGUUAUAGAUUAAAUAGCAGAUUAUGUGAAGCCCUACGGUUUUGGUUGUUGAGGUCGUGUCUCCAGGAAUUCUUAGUUAACAAGGUUCUGCGUCAUGUAUCGAAUUCUUGAUCAAUAUGGAUUUGUGUUUUGGUUCUCUA